AUCGUCGGGGAAAUCAUCGUUCACCGACAUUGUUUACGACCGUCUCCUCUCCCGUAUGUCUAUCCAUGUGUUCGUGUUGUGUAGGGAGUUUAAUGUCGUCGAGUUCUUUGACAAGCAUCGCCAUGCUACACGAGAGGCACAUGCGCUUAGCGAAACCCUUUCCACCUUGUGCAAGAUCGUUGCGGCAUCAUGACGGUCAAAUGUGGAUCGAUGAUGCACCCGAGGACGACUUCGAGGACGACCCUUGGACGACCGUCGUCCCUUACAUGAACCGGCAUCUCGACGAAUGGAACGAAAAUGACUGGAAGGCGAUGGAGCGUUCCUGCCCAUGGGMAAGCCAUUACAAGUUUGCCAACAUGUUGGAGUUUGGGAGCCUCAUUGCACUGCCUGCUGGUGUCCUCCAUCGAAAGACCCUGGACGAUAAGGGUAAACCGGUCCGCUUCCGUACCAGCUUCAGACGUCGCCUUCACUGCGAGUAUAUCACAUCUUCGCCACGAACUUGGGGGAGUUCGCAGAAGCAAGAGUUGGUGGACUGCGCUCGUCAUUGUUCAUUCUUGGAACACUACCCACCCCGUUGCCCAGGGAUUUCUCCACAAGCUCUGUCGUACUGUUGUGUGCGGUUGACGGGUGACGGAUGUCCUUUCGCCAGAGUGCUAUGUGUGGCUUCUUCAAGCAAAAGCGGGAAACUUGUGGAUGCAGUUGUGCUUGUGUCACGCAACGAGAUGGUGCUUCAGAGAUCCAGGUUCAAGGCGGUCAUGUCUCGCCCAGAUGUAGAUGGGCGGUCAGACUUGGUGAGAGCAGGUCAGGCACUGUCCAUGAUCAAGGACCGGGUGCAAAAAACUCUCGAGUCUAUCGCAGAGUAUCGAAACCGGUUCUACCGAAUGGUUGUGAAAACUGAGCGAGGUGAGCAAGUCAGGAGAGAUUUGUUAAUUGAUGGGCUUCGCAAUCGAACGAUAAGCGCAAAGCUGCGAAAGCAGUUUUCCCCCAUCAAUCACACGCUGCAACAGAUUAUGGCCACUGCAGAGGAGAUGGAACGAAAGUUCGCGGCGAACUUCCUAGAAGGAGAAGACUAUCCUAAGAAAGGGGAUUUGUCCGAACUCCCAAGGGCAAGAGCUGAGUUGGCCGCGUUGCGGAACAAGUUCGAGAAUAUGGGAUUUGUGUCUGGCCAGGUCACCUAUCUGGAACAGAUAGCCCCUAAACGACCCGCCCCAAGUGUAAUCACGAGUGUCCCUAUUCCUGUGACACCGGCACCUGUAAUGACAGCACCCCCGCCACCAAUUGAGAACCCUGUAAGGACAAAUGAGUCCUCUGCCAUUUUUGAACUAACCAAGACGUUAAUUAGUCUAAUCCAGGAAAGCAAAAAGGAACAGCCAGAGCAUAACGCUCGAGUAAGAGUCACGUGGACGCGGCAUGAGGAUCACCGCCAGUGGGCUGAGUACCUUGAGUUGCUUAUCAUCCAGGCGUGGCGAACGGGAGUGGAGGGAGAUCUACUCGGAUUCCUCUUCGGAUCGGUGCGGUCCGAUCAUCUCGAACUGAUCGCACAGGAGCUAACGUUCCCCCUUGCGCAGCUGGCCGACGAUCUCCCACUUGAGAUCGUCUCGCAGAGCGACGACAGCCCAGUCCCGUACGUUCUCAAACAGACCUUGGCGCCAUAUCUUCAGUGGUCGGCGUGCUUGGAGGAACGGGGAAGCGUCCGCAACCCACCAUCACAGCGCGGUUAUCUGGACCCGCACGAGAUAGUCGACCUCGCCUUCUUUCAAGAUCGGACGGCUUCCGAGAACGAGGAGGUAGAGAUUGAAGCGGAAGAAGAAAGCUCGGAAGAAGAAGAAGAAGCCGAAGAAGAGGACGACGAGGAAGAAACUCCCGAAGAGGGGAGUUACAGUGAGCACAGCGAAGGGGAGCAAAGUGAGGAGGAGGAGGAAGAAGAACAAGGCGACGAAGAAGAAGAAAAAGAUCAGGAGGAGCUGGAAGAGUCGGAGUGGGAAGGAUUCGAGGAGGAAGUGCGUGACGAGGCUCGGGCGCAGGCCCAGACGCAGAAGAGGGAAAAGAUCGUGGUCGGGAAGCGACAGUUGGAAUUCGCGAGCGCAGCCGGCCAGCCGCGCACCGACGAUCCGGCCCAAGAUCCGGAGCCACCUAAGCCCGAGGAUGGGAACCCAGCUGCCCCCGGUCAUUAUCCCGCCGUCCCCUUGACCACCUCUUUUUCCGCCAAAUUACCACUCGCGUCACCUUCCCCGACAAUCCCUUCCCCAUCGAUACCUUCCGCUUUUUCUACACUACCCGCCUCGCUGUCCCUGUUCAUCCCCACCCUUCCACCCGAUGCGUCCUCCCUGUCUUCUGCCUCCAUAUCCUUUUCCUUAGUGUCGCGUGGCGAGAGCACAAUAUAAUCGAGGUAUACUGCAUGAUUACGGGGAUUAUCCCCGCAUGCAAGAACCACGAUCACUUUCGCGCGGCCCUUUUCC